GUCCAAGUGAGUUGCCAAGGUUGUUAGUGUAUUGCUUCCAUUGCUGCCUUCUACUCUGCUUUCUUCUUCUUCCAGAUCAAGACUUGUGGCACUGGUGCCACCUGGGUACCAGCUGUUGCAUUGAAUCUUGGCCCACUCCAUGGAACAGACUGACACUAAAAUACAGUGGACCCCCGCAUAACGAUUACCUCCGAAUGAGACCAAUUAUAGAGUGACGACGGGGACAGACACGAAAAUCAUUGGUGUAGAAGGGCUAGCAGCAACAUGGAGGACCAACGGUUAGCCAAAUGGUACUUUGGAGGCAUGGCCUCUUGUGGAGCUGCCUGCUGUACACACCCCCUUGAUCUUCUGAAGUGCUGACUUCCUGAAGUUCAAUAUCUUGUCGAGGGUGGGGGAAUGAAGUUACUGGGCCAACGUGGAAAGUUGUGGUUCUUCUGUGGAUGUGCCUACUCCCAAAUCACAGCAUCACUAAGUGCCACAUCUUUCACUGCUUUUCUGGAGCCAGGUGUUCAGAAACGUCUGUUUAAUUGAGCUGCACAUACCUAAGCCUUUUGAGCAGAAGAAAUGUACUUUCAUUUAUGGAUUUCUCACUCUUCACAAUGGUUCAUCUUCAGACUCAACAAAUCAAACAAAUGGGUGGUGGUCAGAUGGCUGUUCAUAUAGUGAAGAACCAGGGAUUUUUUGCUCUGUACAAUGGUCUGUCAGCAUCCCUUCUCAGACAGCUCACAUACUCUACUACACGCUUUGCUAUUUAUGAGGUGGUGAAACAAAGGAUGUCUGAGUCUUCAGGAGGACCUCUUCCUUUCUACAAGCGAGUCUUAUUAGCUGGGUUUGCUGGAGCAUGUGGAGGCUUUGUGGGUACGCCUGGAGACAUGAUUAAUGUUCGCAUGCAAAAUGAUAUCAAGCUUCCAGCAGAUCAAAAACGAAACUAUAAGCAUGCUAUAGAUGGUGUUAUUCGAGUGGUGAAGGAAGAAGGAAUUCCUCGACUGUUUCGUGGUGCAUCAACAGCAACCUUCAGGGCAGUUUUAAUGACUAUAGGGCAGCUGUCCUUCUAUGACCAAAUUAAGGGAGUUUUGUUAUCAACACCAUACUUCACUGACAAUCUGACUUGCCAUUUUACCUGCUCAUUAGCUGCGGGUGCAAUUGCAACAACCAUGACACAACCUGUUGAUGUGAUCAAAACAAGGGCCAUGAAUGCUAGGCCAGGAGAAUUCAGGGGUUUGUGGCAUAUAAUUACAUACACAGCAAAAGUGGGUCCACUUGGAUUUUUCAAGGGAUAUAUACCUGCCUUUGUGCGUCUGGGACCACAUACAAUCAUUACAUUUAUUUUGUUUGAGCAGCUUCGGAAGAAUUUUGGAAUACUGAAAAAGCCAGUUCAAUAAAAGUAGGUAAAUAUAGCUUGAAUUAGGUGUAUAUUUAUAAUGUAUUUCUUACUAACAUUUUCUAGAAAAAAUUAUAUAGGAUAGUAUUUUACUUAGGACAUAUAUUUCCACACAAUGUUAAGUUUUUAAAGAGAAAUUUAUUACUAUAGAUAUAGCUUUUAAUACCUCACUAACAAGUGCUUCCAGAUAUCGUGACAAUGCAUUGUACAGUAGCAUACGAGUGUCUGUAUAUUUUCAAUAAGCUGAUUUAUGUCAUCAAAUUCAUAUUAGGACCAGUAUAAAUCUCUUAUUGCUGUUACUACUGGCUUUCACUGUGUUCUUCCUCAACUUAUGUGAUAUUGAUUCAUAACAGACUUCUUCAUUUAUGAUGAUAUAAUAAUGAUCCAGGAUGAACCUAAACGUUGUCUACUACUUAUUUCAAAUUUGUGAAGUUUUGAUUUUUCUAGAUGUGAGGGAUUUAUUGGUGACAUGAUAAUUGAAGUAGAUUUAUACAGUAAGGCAUAGUACAAAAUAUUCUAUGAGUACGGCAUAUGACUGUGUCCAGUGAUGUACUCUGGCCAUUGAUGAGGAAAGGAAUAUGUUUAUGCAAGCAGUUAAAUUUUCCUCAAUCAUACUACUGUUAGCAUGAACUUUUGCAUUUGCCUAGCAGAGUUUGUGAGGGCCUGGUUCUGGCUUCUUGACCUGUGUAUGUGAGUGUGAUUAUUUAUUUUAGUUACAGGAGCAGAGCUAUUCUUAUGAUGUCCUGUCUUCUGUGUUUAAAUUGUCAUAGCAUUUGUUCUUUUACCAGUGGUUGUAGCACAUUCUCUAGUACCUCUUCCUCUUGGAUGUAAUUUUAGUAUUCUACCAAUCUGUUUGUGAAGACAGACUGUAUAGUAUUUCCUAAGCAGUGUUUUUCUCACUCUUCAUUUGUGGCCUCUUCUUUGUGUUGAUGGUAUACCUGGAAGGUGUUUCAGGGGCAAAUGCCCCAACUGCCUGGUCCAUCACCAGGCCUCACAGCAGAUCAGGACCUGAUCAACCAGGCUGUUACUGCUUUCUGCACACAAACCAAUGUAUGAACCACAGCCUGGCUGGUCAGGUACUGACUUUCGGUGCCUGUCCAGCUCCCUCUUGAAGACAGCCAGGGAUCUAUUGGUAACCCCCCUUAUGUAUGCUGGGAGGCAGUUGGACAGUAUUGGUACUGUGAAAUCUUAAAUUGUUUUCUCAAAUCCUUUUAUAAUCUUAUAAAUAUAUGGUUAUCAUGUCUCCUCUUUUCUUACUAUUAAUUAAUGAGGGCUUUUUUUUUAACUAAAAUUCUUAAAUUUGGGAACCAUUUUGUAACAUUUUUUUGGAUUACAGGUUUCCCUCCACAUUCGCAAGGGUUAGGGGAUCAAGAACCUCGUGAAUGUUGAAAAAUCGCGAAUGUUUGGUGCACAAAUAUAUUGUAGGGAAAUAUAAUAAUAGCAUUUACUUAGCCUAACAAUACUGCUUCCUUAACCUAUUGAACCAUGAACAAUCAUAAAACACAUGAAAACAUCAUAAAAUAUUGUACUAGUGCCAGCCCUUUGGUAAAGAAGAAGAGAAAGAUUAUAGAAUUCAAGAAAGAACUCGUAGCAGAGUACCAAAGUGGAGGAGGAAAAGAGAGGGGAGAAUGUGCCUUCUUCAGUGAUUCUACAAUAUGUACGAUACUAAAGCAGCACGAGUCUAUAAAGGCUAUAGCGCCAGCCAGCGAUAAAGUAUAGCAUUAACAGUGUAGCAAGUAAGUUAAGCAAUUAAUUGAUAGAAAAAGGACGGCACGAACCUAACUCCUCCAAUGUUGUUGGAAUUAUAUAGGGAAACUGACAACACUGCCGCCUCUACCACCUCAGCUGCUGCCAUCACCACCACCAUGUAAGGCUUAUGCUCUCAAUGGCCCUUAUACAUCCAACAUCAACAACAACAUAGCAACACUCGUGACAUACUUAAUGACGUAUUUUAUUCAUUCUAGAGAAUAUGCCAUGUUUCUAUGUUAUUAAUAUGUAUUGUUUAUCAUGUCAUAUUAGAUGAAUUGUGAUAGAUAAAUAAGCCGUAGAGUUGAUAUUAGUGUCAUAUUGAAGGACUAUCACGUCCUAUCUCCAAACAAACUCUGCCACCGCCACAAUUCCUAACAUAUAUAAUGACGUAUGUUAAAUAUGAUUGGGCUGCUGGGAAUUUGUGAAUGUUGAGGGAGACCUGUAUAUCUAUAAUAUUUUUUAUUUUUUAGUCAUGUAUACCACAUUAUUGCUGCAUAUUCCAACCUUGUUCAUGUUGUUAUAAACAACUUCAUUAGCUGCUCUGUUUGUCUUCAUUUUUAAUUUCUUUUUUAAGUUUUCUUGGCACAGUAACCUUUUCUUCAGUUUUGACACUUUCAGUAACUUGUGAUUGAUUGAUAUUAUCUGUUCUGGUCCUUAGUCAACAUUACUUGGCUUUCAUUCAUCUCUGAUUUAUAUGAUCUGCCUCCCUUCUUUGAAUUUCUAUAUAUUUAUUUGUUGUAUCUUGAUUAAUUUUAUAUAUUAUAUGUAUUUGCCUUUGUUUAUUUUGUGCAGCCUCAAACUCUUAUAUUUACUACUUGAGUUUAUAGUUCAUUGCUUUUUUUUUUCCUUAGCAUAUUGAUUGUAUCUUAAUUGGACAUAAUUUUUACUGUUUUUUCAUGAUUAGUAAAAGCCAGUUAUUCUAAAAAUCUUUGUAAGCACUGGUAUAUUUUUUCUUGUUCUUUGAAGAGGCAAAGGUAAUUAGUAAUUUCUGGUAUCUGUAGUUCAAAAUUUGUAGUUAUAUCUUCUAAAAUAAUUUUCCCUAUGGGCACUCAAGGAUGGCACCCAAGCUAGGGUAGACAAGAGUUCAAACUAUGGGAGAGCAUAACUCAACUCUCAGAACUCAUCAAAGGUAUAUCAAAGAUAUAUAUAUGCUCAAGGAAUUCGUAUGAAAGUCAAGUUGUGCUAAUAACCACACGUUUGAAGCACCCUUAGCAAAAAUGGAGGGGGAAGAGAAGCAUGUUAUUCAGCUAAUGGUUUCUGUCAAAUCUUGUAAACCCUCCCAUUCUCAAGUAUCGUUUAUGUUUUCUGUCUUUAUUCAUGGUCACUUCCCCUCAUUGCAAAUCUGUUGGCUCAUGAAACUCCUAUCCACCCUCUGGAUACAGUUUUAUCCAGUAAUACUCGUUUUAUUCCCCGUGCAUAUACGUAUACAUACACGUAUAUACAUGCUUCAUCUGUGUGUGUUCCAUAGAGAGAAGUGCUUCCUACUGAUAAUGCUAUAUUAACAUGAUGAAUAAGCCUGGCAGUGUUUUGAUUUAUUCAAAAAUUUGAUUCAUAUCCUCUAUAUGAAAUAUAAUUAUUAUUUCAUUGGUCUUCUAAGAAGCUUUUGUUGUGUAUGUUAAGGGCGACAUUCAUAUCUUAAAUAUGUCAGCUUGGGAUAAUGAAAAAGCAUUGAAAGAAAAGCCAACAAGCACAUUUAAAAAUUACUCCAAAGCUACUUUUCAUUGAUUUUUUUUAGAAGUGCUGUUUGUGGAUUACCACUUGGCUUAUUUCGAUAUUUUUAUAUCCGGAAAGGUAUAACACUGGCAGAUGAUAAAUAGACACUCAAUGAAGUGAGGUCUUCUGUAUGAAACAUUGGCUAAGACAUGAUGCUGGAUGUUGUAAACCAGAAUCAUGAGAUACAAAAGCUAGCCAUUUGUAAUUGUGAUUAAUGUUGGUAAUAUAUGCAGUAUCUUUGUCAGUUGUUUCAACACACCAGCCGCAUCUCAUCGAGGCAGGGUGACCUAAAAAGAAAAGUUUUUCUUUUUAAAUUUAGUAAUUUAUACAGAAGGGAUUACUAACCCCUUGCUCCCAGCAUUUUAGUUGCAUCUUAGUGUUAUUAUUUCUAUUAAUUUUUUUAUCAGUAAUAUUAUAAACACCUUGCUGCAUUAAGUGUGUUUUAAACAUUAACAUCUUACGGAUGAUCUUUAAUGUUGUCUACAGCUUCAUUAUUAGAAUAUGGAGAACCAAUGCACCGCUUCUAGUUUGUGAUUUAUAGAUAAAAUCAUUUGGUAAUAUCAGGAAUAUGUAGAACAAGCCCAUCCAAAGUAAUAGUACCCAAUCAGUGUUAUAGCUUUUAAAAUCCAUAGACAAAAAUUCAGUUAAGAAAAUACAUUUCUAAAUCAAUUUUGAUUAUGCUCAGUUUUCUUUUUUACUUUUUUUUCCAAACUAUAAUGAUAAUGCAUAUACAAUAGUUAGAUAUUAUGAAUGAUAGUAAGAAUGUUUUGUAUUGUGUUAGUAAAUAUAUUUUAAAGAGGAUUCAUUGAAUGAUUAUACUUGGUGUUGUAAGAUUUUUCUGCAAACCAAAAUCUAUAUACAUAGAUAAAAAAAAAUUGUCUUGGAAUAAAAUGUAAAGGUGCAGUGUAUUGUUAUAGGUAUAUUUUAUCUAAGGAAGUGCAUAUAUAUGCAGAAUAUGGAAUGCUGUACUUUGUGUGAUGUAAUGGGAUGUAUUGGUUAGUUGGUGUGCAAGAGGGAUAAUUCCUGUUAAUGUAUAAAAAAUCAGCCAUAUCACAAGUAGACUAGAGUAGCAUAUGUAAGAUAUAAACAUACAUGUUAUAGUGUUAGUAGAUAAUACAGUAAAAUUAAUACAUGAUGGUUUUGCUCGCUGAAUUAUUGGAGAAACGACAUUGAAUGUAAGACUUAACUUUGCAAUGUGAAAUAAGAGUACAGUGCAUCUCUCUCAUUCAAUUCUUAAUAUAAUGGAUGAAAAGUUGAACCAGUAGAGAAUGGUGGGUUUAACAGUGAUGGUUUUCCCUUUGAUCACUCAGUGUAAUUAAUAUUGUUUCUGUGGGUGGUGAUUGUUUUCUGAACAAAACAUUGGCUCAAAUAGGAUGUUGGAUUUUGUAAAUCAGAAAAAAUUUACAGAAGCUAAAUUCAUGCAUGAUUAUGAAAUUAAUAUUUGCAGUGUCUUCAUUAUUAUUGUCAUUUCUAUUAAUCUUAUUAUUUAUAAGUACAUAUCAGACUUUCUAUUGAUAGGUACUGAUGGUGUUUGUAUUCUUAAUUAUAUACAGUAGUUAUUGACUAUGACACCCUUUAGUGACUUUCAUAGCCAUGGAUCUUCCUUAGAACCCAGAAUUCCAUGAGGGCACUUAUUUAUUGAUCAAACCCAUUACCAUCUUUCUACUUAACCCUUCUCCUUGGUAACUCUUGACAAUCACUUUACCUUGAGCAUAGAACUGACUUCCCUCCAUGGCAUAACAGUACUUUUUGUAAGUUGCUGGAAUGCUUAGUUAACAAUUUUUUUUUUUCCAACAAACCGGCCAUAUCCCACUAAGGCAGGAUGGCCCAAAAAGAAAAACGAAAGUUUUUUUUUUUUUUUAAUUUAGUAAUUUGUACGGGAGAAGGGGUUACUAGCCCCUUGCUCCUGGCAUUUUAGUCGCCUCUUACAACACGCAUGGCUUAGUUAACAAAUAUUUCGUGUAAUACUUGGAAACCCAAAACUCUCCUCACCUCACCACUUUGGUUUAGCAAAGUGCCAUUCUGUCAUUGACCCCUUAAUUUUCUUCACUACUUACGUCCAUAAUUUCUCAGCUGUGUCUUUAGCACCACUUUCUUCCUGACAUAAAUAACAAAUUGGAUAAUGUUCAAGUGAUGCCCUAUUAUCUCUCAUCCCACUCUAUCUAUAUGGUUCCCAUAUCCAUGAAUGAGAUACUAUCAAAUUUCUUGGCCUUCUCUUUGAUCAUUUAAUGUCAUGAAAGUCUUGCAUAGCUUUUCUAAAAGCUGGUUAUAGUUGCCAGGUUGCACUAUCAGCUCAUCAUAUCUUAAUAGAUUGUCUUGUCUAUCAGAGAAGUAGAGUUCAUUUCUGACCUCUGCCAUGCAUUGAAGCACUAAUCUUGUCUCUAUAAAAGCAAUUUUUAACAUAGACUAACUCAAUGACACUUGACAGAAACAGAUUGCAACAUCUUUUGACUUCAACUUUGCACUCACAUUAAACACCUUUCUUCACUAACUACCACCCUUGCACACCUCUACUUGCAGCACCACAUGUUCCGUACACAUUUAGUCCUUAAGUUUUAAAUGCCUGUAUAAUAAAUAAGAAUGAUUGGUUAUCGUGUUAACUUAGUUUUAAAAUAUUUGUUAUUGGUUUGCAAAAUCUAAGGUUUGAAGAAAUUUUGACGCAAAGUCUGGUAUUAUCAACAACAUUAUUUGUAUGGCCUGGCAAACCUUUUUAGUUCAUUUGUAAUUAGCUGAAGCCAUAAUGUCUUCCAGUUAUAAGUGAUAUAUAUUAAUAAGUUGAACAUAAAGCUAAACCUUGAUGAGAGUAAGGUGUCAUUCUGGUCAUGAGUUAUACUGACACCUGGGAUCAGAUAGUAAUAAGGUGUCAUUCUAGUCAUGUGCCAUACUGAUACCUAGAAUUAAAAAGUAGUAAGGUGUCAUUUUAUGUGCAGUACUAAUGCCAGGGAUCAGAUGUAGUAAGGUAUCAUUCUGAUGUGCUAUUCUGAAACCUGGAAUCAGAUAGUAAUAAGGUGUCAUUCUGGUCAUGUGUAUUACUGAUACCUGGGAUCAAUUGGUAGUAAUCAGUAAUUCUGUUGAAUAAGUCACAAUGACAUGGCUGGAACAAUUGACAAAUAACCUGCACUUGAGAAACGUAACGAUUGGUCCAGAAUAGACUAAAACAUCUCAAGUUUCCUAAUUGUAGGUUUUUGUGAAUUGUCAUUCUUAUUUUGUGCAGUGCUAAUACCAGGAGUCAGUUGUUUUUAGCAAGGUUCAUUUUAAGUUACCAGUACUAGGUGGAAAAAUUAUGAACAUGGGUAUGUAAAUUGGCAGAGCAGUUGUGUAUACUACACUACUAUCCUGAUAUUUGAAAUACAGCAUAGCACUGAAUUGGCGAUUCUGAAUUGUUAACACCAUUGUAUACAAGUGUAAAUAUGAAGUAUAUACUGUGCUGUAUGUGGUCUUUUGGUGACUGUCUUACAUCUAUAAUUAUUCCUAUUAUUAUUAUUACAAUACAUUCAUCCAAGGAACUGGACCUAUCCUCCCUUUCCUUGAAUCAUUUUUCCUUCCAUUUCCCCAGGUACUGUACAACCCUUAUGGGGUUAGCACUCCUCUUAUGAAUGUAAUAGCAAAAAUACACAUGUGACAUUUUUCUUCUUUUUUUUUUUUUGUUGUUUAGCACUUGUUUACAUUAAAUUCCAUCAUCCAUCUGUCGCUCCAUUUGCUCAGCUUAUCUCAUUAUUCUUAUGUUAAUAUGUAUAGUAAUUUUUAUUACUUAUUUUAGAAAAUUUUUGCAUCACCCAUGAAUAUAUACAUGCAGUUUUUAUUUUUCUGGCAAAUCACUUAUUCACAAUUUUUUUAAGGGAAAUAUUGAUCCUUGUAGGACCCCAUUUCAACUUGAGGACAUAGUUUUCAAACGGAAAACCCCUCAUCUUUUAUAAGAGCCUUCAGGCUUUUAUUGUUUUAUAGUUGCCAGCAAGACAGAUGUAUAAUUUAAAGGAUAUUCCCUAUCCUCUUUUUUAAAUACUGGCACAAUUACAAUUUAUCUCAUGAAAUGCACCGAAUUUUUUUUUUUUUUUUUUAGGAUAAAAUUUUUUUUCCCUUUUGUUAUUAGAGUUUAGAAGUGAAGAAUUUAGAAGUGAUUGUUAGCCAAUACUGUAAGUUUUAAGAGCAUCUUUUAUUGGACAUAUCUAGUAUGCAGUCUAUUAAUAUUUGUAUUGUUAUAUAUUUAUUUAAAUUUUAUUCAGAUAUGUUUUUAAUGCAUGAAAAAUUUUUAAGAAUACAUAUGGAAAAUUUUUGUUGAAAAAUUUAAAAUUCUAUUUGUUCAAGGUUUGUGUGAACUCUUUGUAUAUUAUGUAUUAAUAGUUUAGAAAUCUGACAAUUUGAUACCCAAAUGUUCACACGUUUUAGUUAUCUUUAUGGUGAUGCUUAGGCAACCAUUGGCUUCAUCAGUCCAAUUCAGAGAAUAAUACUGUACAAAGUAGAAGACAUGAAGAGGUAGAUUAAGGUGACCAGUCCCUCAGCUUAGAUGAACCUCCUAGAGAUAAUGGAAGACGUGUAGUAGUGCGAGGUGAUCAAUGCAUCAAUCUUGCUAAAUGAUUCAAGACUUAAGCCCUGAUCACCUUAAACUGCUUCCAUUGACUCAACAAAUUUAUAAAUGUUCAGUACUAUAAAUCUCUAGUACUAUUUUCUGUAUUGGAUUAAUAAAGCCAUUGGUAGGUAAAACAUCUCCACAGUAAAGGUACCCAAGUGUUGCAUAUGUCUUAGUCAUGUUGAUUGUAUAUUUUGAUUAUAUAUUUUAGGUUUGAAAUUAUCAGUUAAUAAAUGCUUACACUGCACAA